UAAAAUUCUCAUUCGACAUAUUUAACAAAUCUAAAUUAACAAAAUGGAAGUAGAUGAAGAAGAUUUCGAAGCUCCCUCAUCGAGCAGCAAAGGCGAAAAGAAUCGAUUCGAAGUCAUAAAAUGGAACCCUGUAGUUAUCUGGGCAUGGGACAUUGUUGUGGACAAUUGUGCAAUCUGUCGCAACCACAUCAUGGAUCUUUGUAUUGAGUGUCAAGCAAACCAGGCAUCGGCUAUCAGCGAAGAGUGCACUGUUGCCUGGGGAGUAUGCAAUCAUGCUUUUCAUUUCCACUGCAUCUCCAGGUGGCUGAAGGCGCGACAGGUAUGCCCUUUGGAUAACAAAGAAUGGGAUUUCCAGAAAUAUGGUCAUUAAGAUGGUAAUACGACGUACGUCAUCGCUUAUUAAAAUAACAACAAAAAUAAA